CCGUCACAAAAACAAAAAGAAGGUUCUUGUUCGUUACUGAAAGCUCCUGUGGCCCCUCUGCCUGCAAGUGUGGAGUUUCAACGAUGACUGGCGACUGAACAACACACCGUCUUCGAUCAUACAACUGAGGACCCUUUUUAAUGUCGGAUAUGUUGCUUAUCUCAACAGUGAAUCCGAACAGCGUCCCUUUACUUUUGUGAACAGUGGCUCUUUUGUCAAUCCAGGGACCCAGUAUUACCAGAUGCAAUCACUCGUCCUUCCCCCUUCUUCCUACAUCUCUACAGAGUUCGGUCAUCCAAGGUUAACCCCAGGCCAAGAGCGGCUUUCGUUCAAUCUCCGUCGAUCGACAAAUGCUGGACGGUACACUCCUCGGGAUUUACCGCCCCCUCGCUCUAUGUCCGGUCCGGUCCCAGCAGAAGACUCGCUGGAGACUUCUGGGACCGCGAGGCGCCCCGGGCAUCCGGAGCUCUUCCAACCAGUAUCAACCGCGAACGUAACAGCGCCGACGACGACACCUAUUGUUGUUUCUGGCUCUCAUCUCCCGUCGGGGCUCGCGGGCGCUGGAGCUGUUUCGGAACCGGUGGUGCAGCGCAUAGUUUCCGCGCCCGGGGAGGAAGUGAUACGGCAACCGCUCGGUGUUAGCGAUGCAUUCGCUUCGACACGACUCCCACCUUCGCUCGGAGCUCAACCUUUAUCGCAGCCUUCGGUGGUUGCCUACGCCCAGCCUUCGUUCGGAUCGUCACCUCCGGAGACCUCUACCCGACCACUACCGCAGAAACCGACGAGACGCACAAAAGCGCAUGUCGCAUCAGCGUGCGUGAACUGCAAAAAGAAGCAUUUGGGCUGUGAUCCAGCGCGGCCAUGUCGGAGAUGCGUCCUGUCAGGAAAAGAGGCUACAUGUGUAGAUGUCACGCAUAAGAAGCGAGGGCGACCGCCGCUGAAGGCAGAAGAAGCAUCCCUCAGAACGUAUGCCGCGCACUUGGAUCGAGCAACUGCUGGGGAGCAUCAUGGCUCUCACUCGAGACGGACACACAUGCAUCGAGCAACCUCCUCGCGGGAAAUACGCCCCGUGACAGAUUUGCAAAUGAUGGGAGGUCAAGCAGGAGCAAUGGCCAUGAGGGCCUCGUCGGGACAUCCGCACCGGUGGUCUGCUUCGAUGUAUCCUCACGCCCUGGAUCCUGCCAUGACCAUGCAAAGAAGCAUCGGUCAUCGGAGAUUUUCCUCCUCUGGAUCAGUUCAGUCGAUGACGACAACAUCACCGCCCACCUAUGUGCCGAUGCCUGCUGGGUACAAUCCCGCGGUAGGAAUGAGUCGCAUGCCUACGGGAGCUGGAAGGCAUUUGUCCUCUUAUACCCACCAAGCUUUGAAUCCUGCGACGACCCCGCCGCAAUACCAACAACAAUUUACUCCGAUGUCACCUUAUGCGGAGACCACGAGAAUGGCAAAUCGAAUGCCGAUGGGGGAAAUGCCAGGAGGAAGGGAUCCUCGUGAAGGGUACGGCGAGUCGCCGGUCAGGCUUCCCCCGAUCUACGCGCCAACGAUGGGAACACCGGCUCAUGUGUCGCAAGGCCAUCGCUUAAGCAGUGACCCAUACCCCGCAGUAUGGUCGUCGCCCAUGCGAGAGGACUACUUGCCACAGGAACAUCGACAACAUAUGCCAUCCCACGGAUAUAUCGAGCCGAUUUCACCAAACAGCCAAAUGCGUCCGGGAGGAUCCGAUUCAGGAUACGUCGAUCCAGCAUUACGACACUUGGGAUCUAUGAUUCCUGGUACAGAAGGACAAUCGCUACAAUUGUCCCCUUCACAAGCACAAACGGAGCAAUCUGCGGCUGAAGCUCAUUCACAAGAUUCAAGGCCAGCUAAGCGGAGAAAAAUGGCCUUGGAUGACAUGGUCAAUGACUAAAAACUGUUAUCAUGUCGUCCCUCAGACAACAAUUCUACUUCCGUUUUCAGAUAGCUUGAUCUGAGGAGGCUCGGCUUGUAGCGGGCCUGCAACAGAGACGAUCAUGACGCACACUUUCUUUUGUGAUAUGCUUCGUUCUCGCUUACGAUCUUUCUCAUAUUUCUGUUCAAAUAUUCAUCAUUUUUCUCUUUCCUUUAUUUCCUAUGUGUUCUCGCAACUCAGCAUCUUUGACUUCCAGCGCAAGAGCGUCGCUCGUCUAGCUACGACCCAUUUUUUUCCUUUGUAUUUCUCUGGAGCGGCAUGAUUGAACUACUCUUGAUAGUAUGUUUCCUAUAUUCUGUUGUUCGACGCAUAGCGUGUUGCAGUCAUUCUCUCAAGAUACACUCCAUGGUUUCUGAUUACUCGGUUUCAUUGUGAUAGACGGCGUUGUGGGAUUCCAAGCAUUUCAACAUCCACG